AUGUCCUGGUCAUGCACUGUAGAAUGGUUGACUUCGUACCAAGGUCUUGAAGAUAAGUUUGACUAUCCGCAAAUCUACAUAGGCAGUCAAGGUAUCCAUUGCAAGGAUGCCUCCAGGCCAGCUCUCAACGAAGAAGAGAAGCCUCUUGUGUCACAGCGGACUAUACAGCUACGCCCGGGCGAGGCCAUGAACGAGGCACGGUUUGAAACAUGCGCCAUCGAUUGGACGACUCAAGCCGUAGUCGGCGAGGCGCGGAAAAGACAGAGUAUGGCAUGGUAUGGCAUGGCAAGCCAGGCCAAGGCAGGACGACGACCAGACAAACCAGGCCAAGCAGGCCAGUAUUGCUUCUUCCGUAAGUUUGCGGAGAGGGGGAGAGGAGAGCCUCGUGGGUUUGAUACGCGCGACAAGCAACCGCCAUUGAAUGGCCUCUGCUCCAAAAGUGUGGAGUGUGGAAUUGCUUCAGAUGGUGGAGGAAGAAACCGGAGAAGCUGGAAGACCGGGGAACAAGUGUCGGACGAUGCCGGGUUGGGUGUGCCUGCCAUCAGUAUCUGCAGUGCGCGGCAUAUUGUUGGAAGUGAGCCUAUCCUGUUCCGCGAGACACUGAGAGAAAGAGAACGGCGGGGCGGGAGAGGCAAAUUCAUGGGCGAAGCUCCACCGUUUGGCGCUGACAGGAACUGCAAUGACUGCUUCCCUGAAAGUGAGACUGAGCUAUCAUCGGACGCGUCCAAGGAGACUGAUCAGCUAGGCAGGGAAAUACUGGAAAUUGAGGAGCCUGCUCAGCUCUUUGAAUGGGCUGGCUUGUCCGGUUCAUGCCGAAGAACCGUGGAAAGUAUUCUCCAGCUGUCGACUUUGCUGGAAACCAAGCUCGAGGCCAAGGACCAAGCCAAGCCGGCUCAACUCUCCCAUCUCUUCCCCGUGGAGGCCGACCCAUCCACUCGGCGUGAUUCGGGUCUUGUUGAAGUCGCAACCGAAUCAACCACCAUCCCCUAUUGGCUGUCAGCCAGUGCAUUGUCUGCAAUGACCCUGCCUUUGGCUUCAGCCUGGUCUCCUCCUCGCGCCGUGCCCAGUGGUACUCACCAUCUUACACCUUCCGUGCAUGACAUGCCUCUCCCGGGCUCAUGGAGAAGGGCUGUUGAUGGCACUGACCAAGUUGACUUUGCUUAUACCCCAGAGUGUUCAUCCAUGUGUAUGCGUGUACCCAAGGGCACAAUCGGAGACACAGAUAGGCUCGCUGCCUACAUGAUCGUAGACUUUGGUGAAAACUGGGGAAGCCAAGGUCGCGCGUGGAUUUUAGUCGCGCGCAGCAGCAGCACAAAGCACUAA